CAGGGACGACAUCAUCGCCAUACCCACCAUCACAGUCGAGACGACGAUCCGAAUCUGACGACACGUUUCGCCAUCGCCGCAGAGAUCUUGACUUCGCGGGUGAUCAAGCUUGAAGUGAAUGUGUCGUGCGUCGUGUGUCAUGUCAUCCCGCGGUUCUGGACGCGGCAAGUCCGCCGCCAAUCUGGCAGUAGAUUCGGAAGCGGCUGCUUGGGAGAAAAAGGGUUGCCACGUCGCGAACAAGAAGAGGAAGCUUGUCCAAGGCGGCUCCUCACUUGUAAGGUAUGUCGAGGAUGAAGAGUGGGUGUCGGAGGGGGUGGCGUCGCAGGUGGAAAGCGACUUCGAGGAAGAGGAGGAAGUGUCGUUGAAGCGAAAGUCCUCGAGGCGGGGAAGUGGAGGCCUCCGCAUCGAGGACGUUGGCGAAAGACGGGGCGGAGGAGGCCGCGCAAUAAUGGAAGACGUCAUUGACGUCGACGGCGCGGCGGCAUCCAAGCAAGGCGGGGGAACUGCCGUCGCACAGAAAAUCGCGCUCUCGGCAGGCGAUGUCGUCGGACCAGGGGAGGACGACGAAGCGCUGGUGAACAGGGUGCGUCAGCGGUAUACGCGGGAUGGAAUUGAGGCUGCGUCGAAGCUGUGGGUGCACGACCUCCUCUUUUGGAACGAAACGGAAGGGAACGGCAUAGUGAAGUUGAUACAGGAAGCGCGUCUGUAUCUUGUUGCGGUGGCGCGGGGAGUGCAGCCUCCAGCCCUUCGUCGAAGCAUCGUCUUGCCUCAUGUCACCAUCCCGCAGCACAAAAUCGACAACGAAUCGGAGUUGAACGCCGCGAAGGAGAGGGCGUUCAAGGUGCAGAUCAUCGCUUUGCGGGUGAUCCACGGGUGGGUCUUCAAGUCGACGAGCAGGCAACGGGGGUACCACGCUGCGUACAAGUACGCGUUGAACCACGCGGCCACUGACAUCGCUCACACGAUCUGGAUGGGUGAGGACUGGCGUAUAUGUGUGAGCCCCAUGGUGUUCCACAUUACGUUGGACAUGGAUAUGAAGCUGCCAUUGUGGUUCGUCAGCGCCGACAUCGAAGACAGGCACGAGAACGACGAGUUGGUGGCGUAUCAGGAGGUGAGCAUCCAGCGACUGGUGGGGGCUUUCACGAACACCGUGAGCAUGGCGAACGGGAUCGACGAAGGUCGGGUGUCGCACGAAAGGUUGAAGAGCGUUGCCGACGCGAUGAGGAUCAUGCUCGUGGCGACCAUGUGGCUCAUGCGAAUGAGUGGGGACGAUCAUCGCGCGCAUUACGACGCGUGGGUGUUUGUCCAACUGAUAACAAAGUCGACGCUCAUCUCAUCCAUGCAUCGCUCAUUCGACGCGCGACGCAAUAUCGUGCAAGCUGCGACCGUCAUCACGGACAAGUUGGCCAAACCCCUCAUGACUUUGGUAGCCCCUCCAUUGUACAUCCCGGACUGGGCGUCAAUCGGCGUGAAGUUCUCACAUGACGCCACGUUGUCAUCCCCCAUGGAGGCAAAGAAGCUUGAUUAGUUGGGCACGGGACCCCCGGAAGACGAAGACGAUGACAAAGCCGACGAUGAAGGGAGCGGGGGGGGUUGAUGACGCGUUCAUGGCGCC